AUGAAGCGUCGUACUGACAAAGAACGUUUGGUUGAACAGGAGCGGACCCGGGCGGUCGGAUGUGUGGCGGUUCUGGCGGCCGUAUGUUCCAUGAUGUCCGUAGGAUUUAUAGCUUCCUCUGUCUAUUUGUACCAACUGAACACCAGUAUUGCCGAUCAAGACAGCGCUCUGAAUGACCAAAUUGACGCACUUCUUAACAAGCUUGGUGAAACAACACCAGAGACACCGUGGCAGUCAGAGCCCGAUAGUGUUACCGAUGAUGACGUCAUAUUCGGUACCGAUCCGGAAGUUGCGACACAGCUUCAUCAGAUGAUGACGGAGAUGAUGGAAGCAGGGCUAGCGGUAGGCCAAGUACACGUGACCAGGAAGCGCACGCUUGUCUUCGACCUUAUAUUUGCAGCACAGGAAGCUGUCUUUGAAAAGUACUGUCACCCACCUAAUGACACCUGUCCCAUUUACUUUGGUCCACAAGGCGACAACGGGACAUUCGGAAACCCAGGUAUGCAAGGAUCGCUGGGUCUACCAGGGGUCAAAGGUGACAAAGGGUCAAUUGGGUCAAAUGGGGAGCCGGGCUAUAAGGGAGAACAAGGGGACACUGGAUAUAAGGGGUCACGUGGUGAUAAUGGACCGAGGGGACCGCCAGGGGACAAGGGCGAUUAUGGAGAUAACGGUCCGCCCGGGUAUGAUGGGGCUGACGGCGUCAAAGGAAUUCCGGGAGAUCCCGGCUUGAAAGGGGAUCGUGGUGACAACGGUACGGCCGGCCCCGCUGGAGACCCCUUUAAAGCGAUAAACGGGUCAAAAGGUGACCCCGGAGCAAAUGGAACGAAAGGGGACCCGGGGGAUGCCGGCCUUCCAGGUCUUAAGGGGAAGGACUUCAGAGCACUUGCGGCCGAUUGUGAAUGUUACAAGAAACCGUCAUUUUUGUCUCCGUUCACAAGUGACGUUGUGCACGUGGCGUUAGGCGGAAGUGGCGACAUCACGUGCCAGGCGACCGGAAAUCCAUCGCCCUCUGUGACGAUUGCUAAAACACAAACCGGAAGAAGGUCGAUUGCCCCUAGCUCUUCUCAAAAUGGCCUGUACGUGGUAAACAACGCUAAAAGUGCCGACUACGGGAACUACGUCUGUACCGCGUCCAAUGAUUACGGCACCGCAACCAAAUACGUCACUGUGGCGUCAUAGACAACCAAGCAAUGAUGCAAGCAAACAACAUUCAGCAGAAAACAAUGAAAUGGAGUAUUUUGAUACUAUUACAGUCAAAAAUUUUUAUUUUAAAGCAUGAUUGAUAGAUUAUUUGUAAAUAAAUAUCUUCAGAUUUUGAA